AGACAGAGAGUGAGCAAGAGUGUGUGCUCUGUGGAGCCCAUGAAUGUCUGAUUCUCUUUAAAUAUCUGCAUUCAAAAGAUAUAAGGGAGAACAGGCCGACGGCCUGUUUGGUGUCUUCAGUUAGAAAGGAUUUGAGGUCAGAGACUGCAGCUGGAUCUAUUUUCUUUUUCUUGCUCUUCUGUUCUCUGUUCCUGCUUACAGCAUGAUAGCAGCACAGCUUCUGGCCUACUAUUUCACUGAGCUGAAGGAUGACCAGGUCAAAAAGAUUGAUAAGUACCUGUACUCCAUGAGAUUCUCUGAUGAGACCCUCUUGGACAUCAUGACCCGCUUCAGAAGGGAGCUGGAGAAUGGACUGGGCCGCGACACCAAUCCCACAGCCACUGUCAAGAUGCUGCCCACCUUUGUGAGAUCUAUUCCUGAUGGAUCAGAAAAGGGAGAUUUCAUUGCACUGGAUCUUGGGGGAUCAAACUUUCGCAUUCUGCGUGUGAAGGUGUCCCAUGAGAAGAGACAGACAGUUCAGAUGGAAAGCCAGGUCUAUGAGACUCCAGAGGACAUCAUUCAUGGAAGUGGGGCACGGCUAUUUGACCAUGUUGCGGAAUGCCUGGGGGACUUCAUGGAGAAGCAAAAAAUCAAGGACAAAAAGCUUCCUGUGGGAUUUACCUUCUCCUUCCCAUGUGCCCAGAGCAAAUUGGAUGAGGCUGUUUUACUAACAUGGACGAAACGUUUUAAAGCCAGUGGAGUGGAGGGGAUGGAUGUUGUUAAGCUUCUUAACAAGGCCAUCAAGAAACGAGGGGACUAUGAUGCUGACAUAAUGGCAGUGGUAAAUGAUACAGUUGGAACCAUGAUGACCUGUGGGUUUGAUGACCAGCGCUGUGAAGUUGGCAUUAUUAUAGGAACAGGCACCAACGCAUGCUACAUGGAGGAGUUGAGGCACAUCGACUUGGUGGAGGGUGAUGAGGGCAGGAUGUGCAUCAACACUGAGUGGGGGGCUUUUGGGGACGACGGUUCCCUGGAAGACAUCCGUACGGAAUUUGACAGAGAAAUUGACAGAGGCUCUCUAAAUCCUGGGAAGCAGUUGUUUGAGAAGAUGGUCAGUGGGAUGUACAUGGGGGAACUUGUGCGACUCAUUCUGGUAAAGAUGGCCAAGGAAGGGUUGUUGUUUGAGGGCCGAAUUACUCCUGAGCUUCUCACCAAAGGGAAGAUUGAAACAAAACAUGUUUCAGCCAUUGAGAAAAGCAAGGAGGGCCUUUCUAAGGCAAAGGACAUCCUGACCCGCCUGGGUGUGGAGCCAUCGCAAGAGGACUGCAUUGCUGUCCAACACGUGUGCACCAUUGUCUCUUUUCGCUCUGCUAACCUUGUUGCCGCAACUAUGGGGGGUAUCCUCACACGACUGAAGGACAAUAAAGGUGUCCCACGCCUGCGCACCACUGUGGGCAUUGAUGGGUCCCUCUACAAGAUGCACCCACAGUAUGCCCGCCGUCUACACAAGACAGUACGACGCCUGGUGCCUGAGUCAGAUGUGCGCUUUCUGCUGUCAGAAAGUGGAAGUGGCAAGGGUGCCGCCAUGGUGACUGCAGUGGCCUACCGGCUGGCAGACCAGAGUCGGCAGAUCGCUCAGACAUUGGCAGAGUUCUGUCUCAGCAAAGACCAGCUGCUGGAGGUCAAGAAGAGGAUGAGGACAGAGAUCCAAAAUGGCCUAGGCAAGAAGACACAUGACACAGCCACGGUCAAGAUGCUGCCAACCUUUGUACGCAGCACACCCGAUGGUUCAGAAAAUGGUGAUUUCCUGGCAUUGGAUCUUGGAGGGACAAAUUUCAGGGUCCUGCUGGUGAAGAUCCGCAGUGGCAAGAGGCGGACAGUGGAGAUGCACAACAAAAUCUAUGCCAUUCCCAUUGAAGUCAUGCAAGGGACAGGAGAAGAGCUCUUUGAUCACAUUGUGCACUGCAUCUCUGACUUCCUGGACUACAUGGGGAUGAAGAAUGCUCGCUUGCCACUGGGCUUCACCUUCUCCUUUCCCUGCAAACAGACCAGGCUCGAUGCGGGCAUCCUUGUAAAUUGGACGAAAGGCUUCAAGGCCACCGACUGUGAGGGGGAGGAUGUGGUGGAACUUCUGCGGGAGGGAAUCAAAAGGAAGGAGAUUGAAGACCCAGAGUUUGACCUGGACGUGGUGGCAGUGGUUAACGACACAGUGGGGACAAUGAUGACCUGUGCAUACGAAGAGCCCUCCUGUGAAGUUGGUCUGAUUGCUGGAACAGGCAGCAAUGCGUGCUAUAUGGAGGAGAUGAGAAACAUUGAGACUGUGGAUGGAGACCAGGGCCGCAUGUGUGUCAACAUGGAGUGGGGGGCCUUUGGAGACAAUGGCUGUCUGGAUGAUAUAAGGACACAGUAUGACAGGGCUGUGGAUGAAAAUUCGCUCAAUGAGGGCAAACAAAGAUACGAGAAGAUGGUCAGCGGGAUGUACCUUGGUGAAAUCGUAAGGAAUAUCCUGAUCGACCUGACAAAGCGUGGGUUCCUCUUCAGGGGGCAGAUCUCUGAGACACUGAAGACCCGGGGCAUCUUCGAGACCAAAUUCCUCUCCCAGAUUGAGAGUGAUCGUCUGGCACUGCUGCAGGUAAGGGCCAUCCUGCAGCAGUUGGGUCUGGACAGCACGUGCGAUGACAGUAUUAUCGUGAAGGAGGUGUGUGGCACUGUAUCUCGCCGGGCUGCUCAGAUAUGUGGAGCCGGCAUGGCUGCUGUUGUGGACAAGAUCCGAGAGAACCGAGGAUUGGAUCACCUAGAUAUCACUGUGGGAGUCGACGGCACGCUGUACAAACUCCACCCCCACUUCUCCAGAAUUAUGCACCAGACCGUGAAGGAGUUGGCACCUAAGUGUGAUGUCACCUUCCUGCUGUCUGAGGAUGGUAGUGGAAAGGGGGCGGCCCUCAUUACAGCAGUGGGCUGCCGCCAGCGAGAGCAUGAACAGCAGAACUGAGUCUGCAGCCUGCCCGCUCCAGAACCCAAAAUUCACCUCUUCAUCCAUGAGACUACUACUCUUCUUCAGCAGCCGUGACUCGACCAUUUCAACCCAUGCCAGCUAUUCUCAUAGUCAGGGAUAGAUGAACACUUCCAUGUUUUAUUUCUCUCUGAUCUCUGAUGGACUUUUACUCUCCCUUGGGUGUCCAGGGCAGAAAUCUCAGAUACAGCGUAUAGUUUUGGAUCUACCCCUUCUUUCUUAAUACUUACUGUACCAGCAGUAUCCUUUUAAUGUCUACAUUUAUUUUGUGAUGAAGAUUAUUAGAGAAUUAGGGAAAAAUAUCUCUGUGGUAAAUUUCUGAAACUACUGAUGGUAAAUGUACUAUUUACUUUAUUUUUUAUAGGGUGACAUAUUGUGAUAAAAUAUUUAUAAGUACAGUUACAGCCAUAUGACCACAUGAAUUUUCUGAACUGUGCAUAAACACCAUCCGGUACGGUGCUGAACAUGCAGUCCUAAGUACUUACAAACAUGAUACCUGUUAACAUUUAACUUGUAUUACAAUUUGUAAUUGUUUCCAUUGAUGCAGUAAGUCCUCCACCAAACAUGGGGUAAUGUUAAGUUAGGGAUUCUUCUUUUUGUAAUUAUUGAGACAAUAAGCUGCUAAGAAGGUCAAAUGCAAGAGUCACGGCUGCAUUUCUAUGUUAUGUUCUCUGACCAUCCACUUUAAAUGUACUCUGAGCUCUUCUUAGGUGUAUGCCCUGGAACUGAGCAAAUUCUGCCAGUACAGAACCUCUUGCCUUCACUUAACCACUUCCCUGAAAAUAAUUAUUGCUUAGAGGGCUCAGAGACCAAAAUGACCCCAGUUGCAGUAUGUGUUGCUUUUGUGAGUUACUGUAGAUGUUAUUGAAUCCCUGUUGUGCGCAAUGUACAAAUGGAAUAUAUGCUUAUUGGGUCAGAAGGGAGCGUAUAUUUUCAGUAUGCUUCAUGUGUACUGUGAAUGUUUGUGAGUCCUACUGUAAAACAACCUGUAGCUUUACAUGUCAGAAACUAUAUGAUGAAUGCAUGCCUUACUUGGUGACACAAAGGUAUAGGAUUCAUUUAUUUUAUUUUGUACAUUGAUAGAGAUGCACUUGUGUUCAAGAAAGUGACAUAACUCAAUACAUUAAAAUUUAUUUUGAUGUGCAGUGAA